AUGUCCUCACCCUCGCCCAUUGUUGAAUGCAUACAAAUCAUCCAUUCCAAACGAGAUCGUCGUCAUAAAAGGUCUGACUGGCUGGCUGCAGACGUUUUUCAGCCGUCAGACGACCUCAUCGACGUCGAUCAGCUGGAUUCCUCACCGGCAUCUGCAUCACGUUUUUUUCCUCAGCUCGGGCGUAAACGUCUUUUGAAUGUCACUGUUGAUUGUCGUCGGAAACUCAUGAAAACAAGGAAAACUUGUCCGGAAACAACGAUCAUUCCGGCUAGUUCUAGCAGCGGAACUGCCGCUAUGAGUGAGGUAAUGAAUAAAAAGGAGGCGGUGGUGUUUUCGCUGUUAUGGGAAAUGGAUGAGGAUGAAUUGCGUUCAAGAGAGAACACGAUUUUCACCACAACAAGGGAGUUUCAGAUGUUCCAAACUUGCCUGUGGAGUCACUAG